AAGGUACGAGUACAUACUUUCGAUGAGGGCCUUGGCCUUCACGAUGAUCUUUUCAGGACGACAGGACCGACAAAACGACGAUAGCAACAAACAUUAACUGCGACUACGAGUAACAGAGAUGGAAUAAGGUAGAGCACGGCAGGCACGAGCACACUUCAAGCAAGAUUUGAUUCAGACCCAAAAUAAAGUCAAUCAACCGKGAAAAACAGGCAUGUCGGAAGUUGCAGCUCCGCCCGGUGCCACUGCCUCCGCCGCCGCGGCCGGGAAUUCCAAACUCAAUCCGGAUUCCGGGGCUUCGUCSUCCGGUSCUUCGUCGGCGGCCGCCCUGAGCGAGGACAACCUGCAGAAGGAACUYAAGUCCGCCCUCGAGACACUGGACAACCGCAAGCUGAAUCCGACCUACAAAAAGAUGCUGGAGCGAAAUCCUCUUACCCGCAGGGCGGCGACGAUCCCCAAGAACAAGUUUUACGAACGAAUCGGAUCGAGGCUUCGAGAACGCGUCGAGGUGUACACAAGGGAAAUGCARGGAAAAGACCCAUUCGAUCGCAUCAGCCAGGUAAGUACAUUUCAGGCUCGACUCGUGAAUCGGUGUGGACACCGAACCCACUCGAAUGCGCGAUUUGGUCGCUCCAUCGACUCCACCCGACUCAUUCCUUUCUGUGGCCAUGUGGUUUUGUUCUGUUCUGUUCUGUUCUGUUCUGUUUUGUUUUGUUUUGUUUUGUGUCUCGAAUCGAACAGCGCAAGCCCCUGGACGAGGCCGGCAUGAGGGCGGCGUUUACCCUUCGUGAGGCAAAGAAGCACGAGCAGGAGCCAUUCCUGGAGGCGACCCUGGCCGCCAUGGCGAUGCACCCCGAGCGGAAGCGGAGCCUGGACGGGAUGGCGCUSGGCCUCCAGCAGCGGAACAAAAAGAAGAUUCGUGCGCCCAAUUCGCUGGUCUUUGGUUCCUCUGCCGCGGCACAGAUCCAGAUGGCAAGGGAAAACACCGUGCUGGAAGAUCAGAAACUGCAGGCGAGGCAAUUGGAGGAGGCCCGGAUCCAGCGGGAGCGGGAAGAACGGAGGAAACGAAUGGAGGAGAUUGAACAAAACAAGAGAACCAACAGCGGCGAGGGGGGUAGCAACAGUAAUCUCCAAAAGGUUUUUAAUAAAUACUGGGACAUGGAAUUCCCGAACCUUGGAAACAUGAAUCCCUUUCGGAUCGUCAUCGACCGAAAAUCGGCGCCGCAGAUUGCCCCGACCUACUUUGACGUGAUCACGACCCCGAUGAACCUUACCUACAUCCGAGACAAGGUGAAGGGCGGGAAGUAUCUCACCUACCAGCAAUUCUUCGCCGAUAUUGACCUCAUGAUCGACAACGCGCUCAAGUUCAACCAGGGAGAAGACAAUCCCUACCGAAUCGCUGCCGAGGACCUCAAGAAAAAGCACGCAAAGAUUGCAAAGAGGGUUUGGAAGUACCACGAACAAAACAAGUCAUAGAUUGCCACAGCAUGGUCCCAUGUGACUUCGUCCUUCGAUACACGCCACCCACCAAACAAGAAAUACACACACUAUGCAGAC